AACAACUUCAAUAUCUGCUGCUAAAUGCCUCGUCGUUUUCGUUGCCGAAAUUGCCGUCCAUCACACAGACAGGGAAGUAGCGAUUCUGGAUUGUCCGAAACUGAGGUUUGCGGCCAGGAGAGGUCUUCCCAGCAAGGUGUAUUGCGACAACGCCACCAACUUCGUAUGAGUCAGCCGAAUCCUCAAAGAUCUGGUAGAAGCAUUCGCAGCGUAGUACAAGGUCGACUUCACCUUCAUACCACACAGGGCACCACACUUCCGAGGACUGUGGGAAGCAGCUGUGAAGCAGGCAAAGCACCUACUUCUACGAGCUGUUGGCAAUGCACUGCUGACUCAGGAAGAGAUGGAAACAAUGCUCAGGAAGAGAUGGAAACAAUGCCGUCUUCUAAUAGGAGAGGGUCUGCGUUCGCUGCCGCCAGGAUCCGUCGGAGACGUCAACGACAGCAAGCUGAGGUGUUUGAAGCGAUGGCAGAUGCUAUGCGCUCUCAAGCAGAGGUUCUGGCGAGCUUGGUCAAGAGACUACGUCCUGGGGUUGCAGGACUAAGCCAAGUGGUGUCAAGAAUAACCCAAUCUACAAACGGGACAGUUAGUGGUGGUCCACGUGGACAAUCUCUCGCCUCAGGAGUGGCUGACCGGGAUAGUCGUUCGCGUAAUCGAAGGGCAAGACGGCAAGGUCAGAGUGGCGGAGGUAAAAACUAAAGCAGGCGUAUAUAAACGCCCAAUUACUAAACUGGCACCACUACCAAUUUCUUGAGGACCUACGGUCCGGAAUGGGGCCGGAAUGUUGGAGCAUUUGGAGUUUUUUGGCCCAAGAUGGUUUUCUCCAAAUUGUUUUUUUAAUAUUUGAAUUCUUUUU